UGCUUCUACACACUCCAUAAGUAUUCCUAAGAGCGUAAUAUUCGAAAUCGUCUGCUGUGAGUGCGCAACCCUCAGCUCACUUCCCCUCCUCGACGCUGAUUGGCUGGCGCGCUGCUGGAUGGCCAUUCAAGGCGGGCAGGCAGUGGUAGCGUUGUGAGCAUUGAAGGCAAGACAUCAAGCAGUGCCACCACGAUGCCUCAGCAAGUCUCUGCCCCCUACGCUGUGCUGGACGGCCAGUAUGAGCUCCACGAGACCAUCGGCUCCGGGGGGUUCGCCAAGGUUAAGCUGGCGACACACUUGCUGACCGGCGAGAAGGUGGCCCUCAAGAUUAUGGACAAGAGGCAGCUGGGGGAGGACUUGCCCCGUAUCUACCUUGAGAUAGAGGCCAUGAAGCAGCUGUCGCACCAACACAUCUGCAAGUUGUACCAGGUGAUAGAGACAGACUCCAAGAUUUUUAUGGUGCUGGAGUACUGCCCGGGAGGAGAACUAUUUGACUACAUAGUUGAGCGAGACAGACUGGAGGAGGACGAAGCGCGGGUGUUCUUCAGGCAGAUCACUUCAGCGGUGGCGUUCGUCCACAAGAUGGGAUAUGCACACCGGGACCUGAAGCCUGAGAACCUGCUUCUGGACGACGAGCAGCAUCUGAAGCUGAUAGACUUUGGGCUGUGUGCCAACCCCUCGGGCGGCCUGGACCAGCGGCUGGCCACCUGCUGCGGCUCCCCGGCCUAUGCGGCGCCUGAGCUCGUGUCUGGCAGGCAGUACCUCGGCUCUGAGGCAGACAUCUGGAGCAUGGGUGUGCUGCUCUAUGCUCUCCUGUGUGGCUUUCUUCCCUUUGAUGAUGAAAAUUUGGGUGCCCUGUACAGAAAAAUUCAGGCUGGUGUGUAUGAGAACCCUGAGUGGCUGAGUCCUGGCAGCCGGGACUUGAUGGCGGCCAUGCUUCAGGUAGACCCCAAGAGGAGGAUCACCGUGUCACAGCUCAUGACGCACCCCUGGCUGAGCGGCGGACCUUCCCCCGCCAUCAUCGACACCUCCUCUAAAUACAAGACUCACGGCGUGGACGAGGACGUGAUAACAGAGGUGGCGGUACAUCAGGGCAAGUCUAGGGUGGCUGUGCGUCAGGCUGUGCUGCGGUGGUCCUACGACUACCUCACGGCCACCUACUUCCUGCUGCUCGCCCAGAAGAUGAAGGGACACCCGCUGCGGCUUCUCCCAAGAAUUACAACUGGCGACAAAUCCACACAGCGAGUCCCUGCCCGGUCACUUAUAGACCAGCUGAACCAGGAGAAGCAACACGACUCCUCAGCCAGCACCCGGCCAGGAUCCAACGCCCUCGGAAACUCCCCCCGAGGCCUUCACACGUCACUGGAAGGGGGCCUGAAUGACGUGGACCUGCUGGCCAUCUGUAAAGCCACGCCCAUCGACCAAAUAGUGGAGAAGGUGACAGGGAAGCGCUCACCCCGUCAGGAGAGCGGCAGUGACCUUGGCCUCACGCCCCUCAUAUCGCCCCGGAAGCGUCGGCCGCCCUCCACCAGUGACGAUGAGAAGGAAAACUUUGCCCAGCCCCGUAUCCCGUCCUCCGCCAACAAGUCCCGCAUCAAGAUCACUCCGUCCACCCCCUACAGUGAAAAGUUGUCGCCCUCAAGAUCAGUGGACAGCGGCCUCAACGAAUAUGUGACUCCUUGUAAAUCCAGAUACAUAGCGCCCUCGGAAGACUGGGGCUGGUCGUCGAACCGCACGCCGCUGUCCUCGAGGAAGGUCUUUGGUAGCAUUGAGAAGCGACUUGACAAGAUGAAGAACAUGUUGACCCCUCGGAAGAAGCUGAAUGUCGACACUGGACCGGCGGUGGUGGAGAGCAAGAACCUGUACAAUGUGAGCACCACCGGCAGCAGGAACCCAGACCAAGUCCUUCACGACCUGCGGCGAGCCCUGCUGAACAAGGGCAUUCUCUGCAACCAGAAGGGGUACACACUGCGAGGGAAGGUGCGCGAUGACGUGGGAGGCGCCAAACUAAGCUUCGAGUUGGAGGUGUGUCGCGUGGCUCACCUCGACGUGGUGGGCAUCCGACGCAAGCGGCUAAAGGGCGACGCGUGGAUCUACAAGCGUGUGUGUGAGGAGAUCCUGCGCCUUACCCAGAGCUCCGCCGCACCAACCUCUGCCGUCCACUCCGGUGCCCCGAGAACCACGCUGGGAGCACAGUUGGUGACCUAAUGCUGGUGGUGAUCAUUAGGUGUAUUUUGGCGAGUCCUGGUGAAGUAACUGAUCUUUAACUGGCCUACAGAACGGUAUAUGAUAAAUCCACCAUUAGUCCCUCCAAGAAGAAUUGUAGGUCAAGGUAAAGAGUUGUUAGGGGAACACUGGUGACUUAACGGCUGGAGGUGAUGGUGUGUUAUGGUGAGUCCUGGUGAAGUAACUGAUCUAUUCCAUAACUGGCUUACAGAAUGGUGUUAUUAGUCCCUCCAAGAAGAGUUGUUGAUCAAAGGUAUAAUGUAGGAAUGAAUUUCUGUAAUGUUUCUUGUACGUCAGUGGAUGUCGAGUAAUUGUGAGAACGGUGCCAAUAAUGCAUGACGGAAUUUAUGAAGUUUUAAACGAGUGAAAUUUGUUUGCUCAAUGUUUUAUAGAGCACUGUUUUAAGGGCAACUGCAAAACAUACUAACAGGGAGUAUAUGCCAAGGGAUUCCCAUUCACCCCCUGGCAUAUGCUCACUGAUAGUUGGUUAGUUUAGAUAUCAUCCCACGGGUUAGCGAUGGGUGGCAACAGAUUUGGUGGAGACUCCAGCACCAGUAGAUGAUGAGGCUUCACAUUACCCAUGACCAGGGCCUCUCCUAGAAGUGCUGGAGUGUACUUGUUCUCUUCUUGUUUUGUGUCUGCUGAGUAAGACUUUUGAGAAGACAAUUUACAUUCCUUCUCUCUAUUUCUCAUCAUUAGAUUUCACAUAUUCCACCAAAGCAGUGGUUAGCGUCCCGGACUACAAAAUUACCCAUGACCAGGGCCUCUCCUAAAAUGCUGGAGUGUACUUGUUCUCUUCUUGUUUUGUGUCUGCUGAGUAAGACUUUUGAGAAGACAAUUUACAUUCCUUCUCUCUAUUUCUCAUCAUUAAAUUUCACAUAUUCCACCAAAGCUUCUACUCUGCUUCUACGAUGCAGUAGUUAGCGUCCCUGACUACAAAAUUACUCAUGACCAGGGCCUCUCCUAGAAGUGAUGGAGUGUACUUGUUCUCUUUCUUGUUUUGUGUCUGCUGAGUAAGACUUUUGAGAAGACAAUUUACAUUCCUUCUCUCUAUUUCUCAUCAUUAAAUUUCACAUACUCCACCAAAGCCAUACACUUCUACAAUGCAGUGGUUAGCGUCCCUGACUACAAAUCUGUGGGCCUGGGUUUGAAUCCUGGCCAUGGCAGUCGGCGUGCAACCCACCCAGCUGUUCAUCCUUCCUUUCGGGCUGGUCGAUAAAUGGGGAAACCUGUGUAGCAGCGAAGGGCCAAAUUUGUGCCAUGAUACAAACCCCCCAAAAUAGAUGAUACAUAAACUAAUCACAAAUGCUUUGAUAUGUAUUAUGAAAUGGUUUGUGUGAGUGAUGAUUUUUACUCAUUUUUCUCACUUAGAGGGACCAUUAAGAAACAUGAUCCCUGCUGCUACUGGGUUAAUGGGUUCUCCCCUACCACAGGCUUAAAGGGCCAACAGGACAGAGAUGAGCGCCGCCAACAUGUGCAGCUAUAGCGUAUGCUCCCACCUUUGCCUACCUUAUCAAAGCUAAUCUUGGAUAGGUGAAGAUGUGAUCAUAGACUUCCCUUCAUUCCAGAGUAAGGUCCCUCAUGGUGCAUUUCUGUUCUCUUGGAAAGAUCCACAAUUUUCUUGCUUCUGUGUUCAUCAAUCUGGUCCUUUGGUUUUUGAGGAACCGGUGCUUUCACGACCAGGAUCAUUUGCUCCUUGCCCAGUGUGUGUAAUCAUGAAAAAGUAUAGGCCUUAGGUGCCUCACUAAAGAGUAGAGGUCCAUGUCCUGGUUCUGUAAAGGGGUCCCUCCAACGUUACCAGAUUAUCGUACUCACCACAUCGUCUUUAUUACUUUUAAGCCUCAAACUCUCGUACCUACACAAAUAACGAUAGAAAAUUGAAGUUAGCGUUAAAACUCCUAUUUAUUGAUGUUUGUUUGUUUGUUUUUCCAUUCGUUAUUGGUCAGAAACUACGAAAAUGCAAUGCGAUGAGUACGAUAAUUUGGCAACGCUGGGUCCCUCUGCCCUCCGCCGCCUCCCACACAGGAAAAUCACUGGGCAGUUUAUCUUGUAUGGCCAACCACAAUGAGCUUCACCCAGAAUAAUAUGAUUCCAGCCCACUAGAAACAGAGGUCCUUGGUUCUUGGUCUCAGGAACACUAUUCUUUCAAAUUGGCUCUUUUUUGUAAAUUAUUAUUUGUAAAUUGUCUUCCUUUUUCUUCUCCUCCUCCUCCUCCUCUUCUUUGUCUUCCUUCACCUUCAUUGUAGUUUUAUCACUUCCAUUAUGUCUUCCUUCAUUUUGUUUUUAUCAGCAUCUUCCUUCUUGUCUUUCAUUUCCUCCUCCUCUUUCUCCUCUUCUCUCCCAGCUAUCUGACAGGUUGUGACUACCAUAUCAUAAUGAGCCGGUCCGUGCCUAUCCCUCUCUAGCAGCAACGUGGCACACGACAACUCACACAGCCUCUUCACACAUCUCACUGCACCUCUUCAUCCCACUAACCCGGCAGGCUGUACACUUUGAAGGCCAACUAGUGUAGAAUUUUUUAACAACUCCAUGGUGAUUUCAUUAUCUGGGAAGCUACCGAGUGACUGUAUAUACACGAUAGCCAUACCAUCAGUUUCCUGUGCUCACACUUGCCAUACAUGUGUAGUCUCAUGUACGUUGUAACCUGUAUAUAAGUAGGAAAUGCUGUUGUAAGUUUGACCCUCAGUGGUUCUAAGUUCUGUGCUGAGUGAGGAAGGAGUGAAGGGGAAAAAUAGUCUGUCCCAGUUGUGUGGAAAGAAAGGGAGAUUUUGAGCCUGAAGGGUUGAAAAGGGAGAGAAAUAAAGGGUAUGAAAAGGCUGGAAAGGGAAGAAAAGUGUGUCCCAAUUGUGUGGAAAGAAGGGGAGGUUUUGAGCCCCAAGUGUGAGGGGAUGAAGGGCUGAAAAGAGAGGGAAGUAUUGAGUAUGAAAAGGCUUGAAGGGGGAAGAAGAGUGUGCCCCCAAUUGUAUGACAUGAAAGGAAGGUUUUGAGGCUGAAGUGUGAGAAAGGAAGGGAAGUAUUGAGUUUGAAAAGGCUUGAAAGGGGAAGAAGAGUGUGCCCCCAAUUGUAUGACAUGAAAGGAAGGUUUUGAGGAUGAAGUAUGAGGAAGGAAGUUUUGAAAAGGGAGGAAAGGAAAGUAUUAAGGGAGUCAUCUGAAAAGGCUGAGUGAGAGAGAAAAGAAAAGAAAG